UCUAUGUAUGCAUGUUUGAAUGCAGUAGCAUAACACGCUGUUAAAAAUUAAUAAAUUCUCUAGACAUGGUCAACAGCUAUUGAUUGCCUGAGAAUCAUCAGCUCUCAACUUCACAUGGUAUAAGAGGGUUAUUCUUGCGUUUAUUGUUUUUUUCCCACUGUGACAAUUGCGGAAAAUGUCUCAACUAUGAACCUCUGGGUAGACGGCCGGGAACGCACGGGACAAUAUGCACCUGCUGUUUUAAGUCUUGGUGCACAACCGGCCUAAGUCCCUUGACGGUUGUCAGUUUGUAUUUGACCUGUGAAUGGUAAUGUCUGUCGGAAUGCGAUCUGCUCUAGGUCGAGCUCGCAACUGGUGGUCUGCGAUGAAAGUCAAAGUGCAGCGCUUUUGGUCUGAUGGCGGACCGGGUAGUAACUGUUUCUGGUGGCAGGAUGUCUUAUUGCUGCUUGUAGGAAUACAAACUGAUUUGACAUCGAAGUGGAGCGCUGAGCGCCUCGUUCGCUAUUUUGUAAAUUGUUUAUCCACCUAUCACGUCACCAUGAUUCUAAUACAAACAAUUUACGCUUUAAAACAUCAAAGAGAAGAUGUGUAUGCCGUGGUUAUCGGGAUUACGAAAGCCGCAGCCUUCCUCGUUUCAACCCUGAAACUCUUACUGAUAAAACUCUAUCAGAAACCGAUCGAGAAUCUUAGACAUUACAUCACCAAUGGCAACAUUACCUCUGGAGACGAAUGCCGCGACAAGCUUGAACUGAGGAAGUUUAACGAGAAGUUUCGGGUUCUGAUCUUUUGCAUUUUAGGUCUAACGGUCAUCGACAUCGUUUUUCUUUCCAUACCGAACCCUGCUACGGAAAUGGUUUUCCGGCUGCCAUCUCAUUUACAACCAACUAAUCCGUACAUCAGUUUUGCCUUUCGGCUCUUUUUCAUAAGCCUUUUGCCAUUGGACUUCGUGCCAAAAUUUUUCUGCUGUAUGGCAACCAUUGGAACGCUGCUGAUGGGGAUGCGAACCAAUUUUAAAAUGCUAUCCCAUCGUUACGGCUCGAUCCUGAAUCAACCGUUUGUGAUCGAUGGGACUGACUGGAGGAGGAUGGAUCGUGAAUUGAAAGAAACACUGGCUCAACAUGUAGAGUUUUGGCGACAUCUGAAAGUAUUGAAGAACUUGGUCGGGAGAAGCUUUUUUCUUGUCCAUUUCUUCUCGGUCCUCAGCAUAGGUGCUUUGUGCUACGUCUGUCAUGGAUUCGGAGUAAACUUUUUGGCCUUUGUGAUUAUUGCAACGAUGGCAAUGUUUAUGUUGGAAUACUAUUUGUUUUGCCACUUCGUUGAUUCGCUGCAGGAUGUUGCAGACUGCAUCGGUGAUCAUAUUUUUGAGAUUUGUGCCCUGAUGCCAUACAGCAAAACGAAUCACUCACAGUACCAAGGGUUCAAAACUGAUUUGAUGAUAGCAUGGAUUAAUACUCGCCAUGGACUGUCCAUGAACUGCGUAGGGCUGUUUGACAUUUCGACAUUCGCUUUUCUACGCAUUUUGAACAUUGCCUACACAGUGCUAACAUUUCUGAUACAAUUGAGUCAACUUGAAACCAGUGCUUAAAGGACAUUUAAAGGCAUCUGUAAAACAUUUGAGAUAUGUUGUGUUUAUGUUUCUAUGAAAAUGUUCACUCUGCAGACUUCAAUCACGAUCCUUCUCAAAUAUUUGAUUUUUGAUGAAACAUUGCAUUAUAUGUGUUAAAGAAAAUAAAAUAGAGGAACUUGUUCAUAAGUGUAAUUGCGCAAAUCAACCACGUGAUGGAAUAAAGCAAAAUAACAUUUGUUAGGCUUAGUGUUCAUUAAAAAAAUAUAUAUAUUUUUCACUGGGUAAGUAAAUUGAGGAACUUCCUCCAA